AUGGUGGAAACUACCACGAGGAGAUUAGAAGUUAGAACAUUGGUGGACAUGAACGUCACACGAUGCAGCGAAAUGAUAACUGCCGGAGUGAAGGACUCGGUCAGGGGGAGGUGUCCAUCGUUGAACACUUGCGGUCCUUCUCCGACGACCUGCGACGUGACCUUCUACCAAGAUCCCCUCGUCCCAGCCACCGAAUCCAUCAUGUUUUUGCCGUACCUCGACGGGGUGAAGUUUUUCUGUAACCAGGACACCCACAACCCUGAUGCAGAGAACAUCCAAAACCGUCGUCACAAUCAUAAAUCCACAUGGGAUGUGAUCAAGCAGCAUUCAGAUUUCAUUGGGUUGGCCAAACUCACGGUCAACAGAACGGUGCACACCAGUUUUCGAGUGGUUCAAAAGGCCGACAAAUUGGGAAAACGCCUGGUACUUGCAAUGGACAUGUCACGUAGUAUGUCGUGUUUCAACAGAAGUACCUUUCUGAAGCUCUCGGUGGGCCACCUCAUCCGACACAGCAUCUCCGUCGGACAGCACGUAGGCAUCGUUACAUUCGCCGGAAGGGGCAUGCUCUUCCAUUCCCUGGUACAAGUAAAUGGCAGCGACACACGGGAGCGGCUUGCGACCAUCGUCGCUACUAUGUUACUAUUGGGCGGAACGUGCAUUGGAUGCGGACUUCGAGACGGUAUUAGGAUCCUGGAAGAAAGUGGCGCCAGCGCGUCGGGCGGCACCAUACUUCUCGUGUCCGAUGGCGAAGAGAACUAUGGACCUUACAUCGUCGACGUGCUCCCGGAGCUGGUUCGCAAAGGAGUGACUGUUCACACCUUCGCUCUGGGUACCGAGGCCGACCAGAAGCUGCAGGACGUGGCGCUUCAGACGGGCGGUACCGCUUACGCCUUCGGGGAUCUCCAGACCAACACCAUUUCCGAGAUGACCCUCUCGUUCGUCCUGUCCACGACGUGGAAUCUGGACAAGGCACUCCAACCUGUCAUCAUGAUGGACACAACCACGUCUUUCAGCGGCACGAAAGAAUUUCCGUUCACCAUACAAGAGGAACUGGGGAAUAACACCAGCGUCUUCAUCUCCUACUUGGAACCGCAAAAUAUUUCCGCCGAGCUAUUUGACGGUAGCGGUAAACCUUGCGUUACCGAGUGCCCUGUGAACGCGACCGAUCUGAGCAUCAGCGUGAACCUCCCGACAACCACUGCCGUAGGUUUAAUCACUGUUUAUUCAAGUCGUAUUGGUCUUCCGCCUUGUGUUUAAAAUAUCAGUGCCGCUUGAAAAGCCGCUGAGGAUAGUCAGGUUCUGAUGGUAAUAAUGGUGACUCAACCGCAAUGAUUUGAAGGUUAUAAGCAAGAUGUUUUAAAGAAGCGGAAAGCAUAAACUAUAGAUGAAUGUGUAGGAACUA